ACCCCCUCGCCCCGCCCAUCAUCCGUCUCCUCCUCCAAACGCCUUCCCUUUGACCGUGCCGCGAUCUUCCCGGAGAAUUCUCCAAACCCUCGCCGAUCGGACAAGAAUAAGAAGAGAGAGAGGCGCGGUGGCGGCCGAGACGGUGGGACGGGAUGGGGCAGUGCUACGGAAAGAACAUCUCUGUCGCGGAGGGCGGCUACGGCGAGCGCCACCGCCGCACCCCCCUGCACCCGGUCAACGGCGGCGCAGCCGCCUCCACCCGGAAGGGCAGCGCCGCGUCCACCCCAGUCCACCCGUCCUCCGCCACGCCGCUCCACCCCUCCUGCGCCACCCCCAGCGCCUGGCCCAGUCCCGGACCCCCGGGCAGCGCCAGCCCGUUGCCCCCCGGGAUCGCCCCCUCGCCGGCCAGGUCCACCCCCCGGCGGUUCUUCCGGCGGCCCUUCCCGCCGCCAUCCCCAGCCAAGCACAUCAAGGCCGCACUCGCCAAGCGCCUGGGACCGCCCAAGCCCAAGGAGGGCCCCAUUCCGGAGGACGGCGGCGAGGAGGUGGAGAGGCCCCUCGAUAAGAGCUUUGGGUACGGGAAGAACUUCGGGGCCAAGUACGAGCUGGGAAAGGAGGUUGGACGGGGGCAUUUCGGGCACACCUGCUUGGCCACGGCGAAGAAAGGGGAACACAAGGGCCAGCUUGUUGCUGUUAAGAUCAUCUCCAAAGCUAAGAUGACAACAGCAAUAUCAAUUGAAGAUGUUCGUAGGGAGGUGAAAAUCCUGAAAGCUUUGUCUGGGCAUAAACAUCUUGUCAAAUUUUAUGAUGCAUGUGAGGAUGCCCUUAACGUCUACAUAAUCAUGGAAUUAUGUGAAGGUGGGGAAUUAUUAGAUAGAAUUCUAUCCAGGGGUGGAAAGUACACAGAGGAAGAUGCGAAAGCUAUUGUUGUGCAAAUAUUAAAUGUAGUUGCCUUUUCUCAUCUUCAAGGUGUUGUGCAUCGUGAUUUAAAGCCAGAGAAUUUUCUUUUCACCAGUAGAGCUGAAAAUGCUACCAUGAAGUUAAUUGAUUUCGGUCUUUCUGAUUUUAUCAGACCAGAUGAAAGGCUAAAUGACAUUGUUGGAAGUGCAUACUAUGUUGCACCUGAGGUCCUACAUAGAUCAUAUAGUGUGGAAGCAGAUAUGUGGAGUAUUGGUGUCAUCACAUAUAUUUUGUUAUGUGGCAGUAGACCUUUCUGGGCACGAACUGAGUCAGGAAUCUUUCGUUCUGUGCUUAGAGCUGAUCCUAACUUUGAUGAUUCACCUUGGCCUGCUGUAUCACCAGAAGCUAAAGAUUUUGUGAAAAGGCUAUUGAAUAAGGACUACAGGAAAAGAAUGACUGCUGCUCAGGCUCUGACUCACCCAUGGUUGCAAGAUGAACAGAGACAAAUCCCUUUAGAUGUACUGAUAUAUAAGUUAGUCAAAUCAUACCUUCAUGCCACACCUCUCAAACGUACUGCAUUAAAGGCUUUAUCUAAAGCUCUUCCAAAGGAUGUGCUCUUGUAUCUUAGGUUGCAAUUCAAGCUACUAGAACCAAGUGAAGAUGGGCUUGUCUCCCUCGAAAAUUUUCAGAUGGCUCUCAUGCAAAAUGCAACUGAAGCAAUGAAAGAGUCCAAGGUUCCUGAUAUUUUGAAAUUGAUGGAACCGCUCUUGUAUAGAAGGAUGGACUUUGAAGAGUUCUGUGCUGCUGCCAUCAGUCCUUACCAGUUUGAGCCUUUGGAGGGCUGGGAACAGAUUGCAAGUACAGCUUUUGAGUAUUUUGAAAAGGAGGGAAAUCGAGUAAUCUCUAUAGAGGAACUGGUGCAGGAAUGGAACCUUCCUACUGCCCAUUCCAUUGUGCAAGACUGGAUCAGACAAUCAGAUGGCAAGCUCAGUUUUCUUGGUUUCACCAAGUUUUUGCAUGGUGUCACAAUUCGUAGCUCGAACAUGAGAUGUCGUUAAUGUAAUUGCUUCUAAUAUUAAAAUUAUUCAAUAUAGGGCCUGCAAUUUUCGUCACUCCCAUCAUUUCCUUUGCCUGAUAAUUUAUUUUUUUCUUUUUCUUCUUAAUGUUUGACAUAUAUGUUGUAGAGAACGCAUGUAAAGAUAAAAUCUGUAUUGAAGUGUAAUGAACGUUCAUCUGGAAAUGUAGUUGCUGACUUAACCAUA